UGAUGAUGCAGCAUCCAGCAUCUUGCCCAUCCAUUCUCUGAUUCCCCCCUUCAUGGUGUCUAACUUCCUACCAUUCUUUUCUCUACAGUGAUGUGUAUGCCAAGUGAAUGUCAAAUCACCCCAGACUAGACUAGACAUACAAAAGAAAGAUUCUUUUUUCAUGAUGGAAAAACCAGAAGGAUUCGUUACGCAUCCUGCCCCUCCUCACUCUUCCCCUUGUGCAAGUGUUAGAAGUCCACGAUCCGCGUCCGAAUAUUAUUCGAGUUUCGGGGAUCUGGGGAAUAAAUUUGGCAAUGUCGAUGACCCCGUGACAUUCGCCCACUACAUGACGCUGCUGAAAGAGCAUGAGACUACGAACUUCGUGUUGGAUUUUGGAGACAAGGAUGCGUGGUGCGCUGUGAACCUAGAGAAGCAUGAUAUCGAACAGUUGCUCAGUAGGCCGAAACAUCCAUGUUUUGGGACCAGGUGGAUCAAUAUAUGGGCCCCCGAGGAACAGAAGACUUCCAUCAAGACUAUUAUGAGCCACUAUGGUAUCUCAGAGAGACUGCAGGGAAUGAUGUGUACGGACCCCACUCCGUGCUCCUCUAAAGUUAAAGUACCGCCACCAGUUCACACAAGACUGAAUGGCAUCCUGGACCACUCUCGUAAGGACGACCUAGAAGGAGCGUAUAUUUUGAAAGAGCUAGCCGCGCCCGAAGAAAAACAUGCAACUGCGUUUCCGAAGAGCCUCACGUUCUCCCAGAUCCAUGAUCAGCUCUGGCAUUUCUGCACCGUUGAUUAUGGACAGAGGUAUACCUGCAUUGGGUAUAACUCUUUAUACGCGAUCCCGAACAUUCAGAUCGAAAAUGGCCCAGGCUUACCAGACGGGAAACGACUAUGGUCGUGGUUAAUACUCUGUGAUGAUGGAACGAUAAUUUCAAUUCAGGAUAACCCAUACCCCAAGGCGUUUGACCUUUCGGAUGAGGAUGAGCAGAAGGUGGUGGUAGAGGUCGUCCGGCGAAAUGUGCGAUUGAUCUUCGCGGGGGCCUCUAAGCAGCACUUGCCAUUGUCUGAAAGCGAAUCGCUUGAGACAAUCCGUAUACGGCAGGUCACCAAUGUUGGACUGAAUCAGGCGCGUAUCAAACAGGAAGACGGGCCCAGCUUGCUCUUCUAUUAUAUCUUUGAUGACUGGAUGUCCAGCUAUGGGAUAAUUGCGAAACGGGAGCACAGAUAUGGCGUCUCUCUGGAUAGAUUGGUAAGGCCUUGCCCAGGUCUGUGUGCGGAUGUGUCAGGAUGACUUAUGAACUUGGAAAUGCAGAGAAAACAAAUGCUGGAGCAUCCCCGAGUCGAAUUGAUCAACGAGUUGCAUUGGCUGGGUAGAAGACUCGGGGUGCUCAAGCGUCUGUAUCAGAGCUACGAACUCAUCAUGAGGCGCAUCCUGCAGAGACAGCGUUUGUUUUGUGACAACACGCGUGCCAACCGGGGUAGGAUUUUAUUCGAAAGUAUGCCGGAAGAAAUGGAGUAUGAUUUGCAGCGAUCAACCGCCAGAAGUCAAAGCAAUAUCAGUGGCAUAAGCAUGUAUGAUGUUCCAAACGGGGUGCCUUUGAGCUCCGCUGCGGUGGGUCGCUUUGAGAGGCUGGUAGAUCGCAUCAAACUGUACUGCCUGAGCGAAAUCGAGACGUGCCUGGUGGAGAAGGAAUCGCUCACAUUUCUUGUGAGUCCCAUUUCUACCUGGGCGGAUAUAUCGACAUGGUGCUGACUAGCCUGAGCAAUAACGCAGAACUUCAACCUCAUUGCCCUGAAGGAUUCGCAGGCCGUCGAGAAGCUAACGCGGAUCACCGUUUUCUUAGCAAAAGUGACUAUACUGUUUCUACCAGUCAGCUUGAUGACUGCGUAUUUUUCAACGCAGAUUGACGAUCUCCAAGGCGUGUACACGAAGAAUGACUACUGGGUUAGUUUUGGAGUGAUCAUGUUCCUGUCCAUUGUGGUGCUCCUUCUUUUCGGGUAUGCCAGUGGCACGGUAGAGGGAGCUCCUAUCUACCAGCCCUUGCUUAGGGCAUUCUUCCGGUCCUCGAAAGAGAGGCUCUCGCGCCGGCAAAAGGAAUGAUCGAGGCCCUCUACUACCGAAUAACGCGGCAGAUGUGCCUUGUAAGGCAGCAAUUCCCUUACGACCGAGGAGGGACGUGCACCUUGGAAGUAGGCAGAUUCAUUUGGACAUGGAGCUGAGGCGAAGGAUCCAAAACAGGUGAACCAAGGAGAAGAAGACAAGUAAUAAAUGAUAGCGAGUGGCGGUGGCCAGUGAGCGGGCGUUUGGCAGCAGUGGACCGCAAAUAGAAACGUGCGACGCUUUAAUAAUCCCCCGCGGAGCCUAUCAGGGCGAAAUAAAGCAGUGUUUUCUCAGAUCCAGACCUGGAAUCUCUGGUUAUUAUAAGAAAUUAGGUAUAAUGCUUCUCCGUAUGAGAGCAUCGACGGGACAACACCGUGUCCUUUUGGCCUCCAGGCAGAAGGGAACCGCC